AUGUCACUAAGCCGCGACAGCAAGUUGGACCGUCAAAAAAAACGGUCAGGGUCAGUAGGCGCGGAGCACCCUGCUGAUCCAGCAACGUCAAGAGAAUUUGCUGGACUCUUGACGAAGAUUGCUCCCAACGCGCAGUCGCUGUAUGCUACUGCCCCUAGUGAUGAGGGACACCUCAUCACUUUAAAAAUCGAAGUGACAAGUGGAAUGUCACUUCGCGCCCUAGUUGACUGUGGGGCAUCGAACCGUUUUAUUCGACGCCAGUCGCUAGAGGAUAGUAGACUCAACUAUGUUGAGCGAGAGUUCCCUCCAACAAGGAUGACGGUGUGCCUUGCUACACGCGCAUCCGUAGCAGUGAACAAACGUGUAGUGGGAAUCCACUACACGCUAGAAGGAAAGCAGUACGAUGACGACUUUAUCGUAUUGGAUUUGGAUGACCAAUUUGAUGUCAUCCUUGGUCUGCCUUGGCUUAGAAAGUACCAGCCAUGGGUUAGCUGGCAGCAUCGAUCCGUGAAGAUGCCUGCCGUUGUUCAUCGGACGGCCAUCUGA